AUGUCUGCAUUCAACAGGAAUUUACUCACCACCGAAACGCCUAAAGACUAUGCGAUUCCGACACCACCAACUGACGGAAUAACGCAACUAGCAUUUUCGCCAAUAGCCGACUAUUUGGCAGUUUCGUCAUGGGAUAAUCAGGUUAGAAUAUACGAGGUUAACCAGGCUGCAGGAUCUGCUGUUGGCAAAGCUUUAUAUCCGCAUGAGGGUCCAGCACUAUGUUGUACAUGGAGCAAGGAUGGUACAAAAGUAUUUUCGGGUGGUGCUGAUAAAGCAGGUCGUAUGUUUGACACGGCCACCGGACAAGCAAUGCAAGUCGCGCAACAUGACGCGCCGAUUAAAUGUAUAAAAUGGGUGGAUAGUGGUGCUACAUCUGUUCUCGCGACUGGAAGUUGGGAUAAAACAUUAAAGUAUUGGGAUCUACGCACGCCACAACCAGUUCUAAAUGUCAGCCUUCCCGAACGGUGUUACGCCAUGGAUCUCAUUUUCCCGUUGAUGGUUGCGGCUACUGCUGAACGACACGUCAUGAUUUACGAUAUGCGAAAUCCUGGUACGGUGUUUAAGCAAUCACAAAGCCCACUAAAAUGGCAAACACGUACAGUAGCAUGUUUUAUUGCUGCAAAUGGAUAUGCGAUCGGAAGUAUCGAAGGGAGAGUAGGAAUACAGUAUUUAGAUGAAAAAGAUAAUCAAACAACAAGUUUCUCAUUCAAAUGCCACCGUGAAAACAACGUAAACGUCUACGCGGUGAACGCAAUCUCGUUCCACCCGCUUCACGGAACGUUCUCGACGGCCGGCAGCGACGGAACUUUCAAUUUCUGGGACAAAGACUCCAAACAACGACUUAAAGGAUUCUCGAGCAUCGGUUGUCCAAUUAUGGCGACGACGUUUAAUCGGAAUGGGUCUAUUUUUGCGUAUGCUGCUGGAUAUGAUUGGAGCAAGGGAUAUCAGCAACCAACCUACCAAACACAACAAAUGAAAGAUUCAAUAUUCCUGCACGCUGUAAAAGAUGAUGAUGUUAAGCCACGACCUGCGAAAAAACGAUAA